CGUAAGUAUAGAUUUAUUGAUUUAUUGCUACAUCCGCAGUAAAGAUCGGCCUUUGUGUUUCCAUCAUCGUUUAUGUAUGAUUGUAAUGACGUUGUUUGAUAUUAGGACUAGCAGUAAAACUUUAUAUUCUGUAAAAAAAGGCUUUAUUUCCAGCGCCGCCUCCCAGAAUGCUUUGCAUGGGGACGUGCGUCUGACGUCACGUAUACAGAAAAUUCGAAAUGGCUGCACGCGGGAGGUGAGGCCCGAGCGAAGAAAAGUGGAAAAGAGUGUUAUUCGUCAAAAAACCCACACAACGACGGUCAUUUUUUCGCCGUGGUAUUGUAAAAUUGUCUUUUAUCUGUGUUUUGUGUUCCGGGGGACCCCGACUCCAGAAAGUGAAAGUUUCCCGCGUGAAGCCGUGGAGCUCGAGAUCCUGUUUACUGUGGACUAGCUGUGUGUGACGCCAUGUUGUUUUUGUUUCCAUUACAAAAAAAAGCUCCACCGUCUCGCCGAGUGCCAGCAAGAGUCAUGAGUACUUGUCAACUCGACUCCUCAACUGGAGAUAACUUUUUAGCACCUCACCAUGGGGAAGGAUGUAUUCAUAUGCCUUCACCAGCACCUGCAUUAAACAUGCAUAGAGUUACACAAGUUCUUACCACCUUGGGGCACCAUUCAGACAACUACAAAGACGCAUUAAAAAUAAUGCAACAAUAUGGAAAGGGCUGCAACACCUCAGACCUGCAAUCUGAGGCAGAGAACGAGGAAUUGCCAGAAAAGAGGAACAGGAAGCCAGUCCAUCGUCUCGGGGACUCAGAUGAUAGCGAAGAAGACCCGGGAAAUAGUGACCUCACAUCUCUGGGGUUGACAAGCCAAUUGCACAGGCAGACUCCACCGUCUCGCCGAGUGCCAGCAAGAGUCAUGAGUACUUGUCAACUCGACUCCUCAACUGGAGAUAACUUUCUAGCACCUCACCAUGGGGAAGGACGCAUUCAUAUGCCUUCACCAGCACCUGCAUUAAACAUGCAGAGAGUUACACAAGGAACGGCAGUCCCUCCUCGACUCCCUCCACCCCCCUCACCAGCAGCCCUCAACAUGUGGCAGACAGAGGAGCCUGGAUCCAGCCUGGCCAGCAGGCCAACAUGGCGAGGGGGAAGAAUGGCCGACUACAUUUCCUGCUCUGCGCCUGAGGUAAUCCACAUCCUUAGCCUGCUGGAAACUAUUAAGCACAACCAAGACCAGCUGAUUGCGAAGGUGCUGUGAGUAAAAAUGUGUUGACAAGGUCAGCCACGGACGCUGAGGUCACCAAACACGCCAUCAGGUGGUUCAACUUGGCGGGGGAUCGGGCAACGAGGAGACGAGUCCCGCUUCCACCUCCUCAGGAGGAAUAGAGAUGUAUAUGUA